UCGGGGAGGCCGGUUUCCCAGGUGACGGGCGAGCGGCGAGCAGGCCCGGCCAUGGCCAGCGUGCACGAGAGCCUGUACUUCAACCCCAUGAUGACCAACGGCGUGGUGCACGCCAACGUCUUCGGCAUCAAGGACUGGGUCACCCCUUACAAGAUGGCGCUGCUGGUGCUGCUCAGCGAGCUGGGCCGGGCGGGCGCGCAGCUCGGCCUGCUGGAGCGGCGGCGCCUCAACCGCCUGCUGCUGCCGCUGCUGCAGGGUCCUGACAUGUCGCUGUCCCGGCUGCGCAAGGCUAUCGAAGAGUCGUGCCCCAACCUGGCCAGCUCCGUGCACAUCAGGAUAAAAUUAAUGGCAGAAGGAGAAUUGAAAGAUAUGGAACAAUUUUUUGAUGAUCUGUCAGAUUCAUUUACUGGAACCGAACCAGAAGUUCACAAAACAAGUGUAGUGGGUCUGUUUCUGCGCCACAUGAUCUUGGCAUACAACAAGCUUUCAUUCAGUCAGGUCUAUAAACUUUAUACUGCACUUCAGCAGUAUUUUCAGAAUGAUGAGAAAAAAACUGGAAUUGAUGAGACUGAUAUGGAGCUCACAAAUACUGACGAACUGGAAGGGAAAAUGGAAAAAGAAGAACUUGAUAUACCUCUAAGGGAAGAAGAAAUAUCUUGUGGUGGUCCUCUUUCUCAGAAGCAAGCAGAAUAUUUUCUUUCACAGCAGGCUUCUUUAUUAAAGAACGAUGAGACAAAGGCUCUUACUCCAGCAGCACUGCAAAAAGAACUCAAUAAUUUGUUAAAAUUCAAUCCCGACUUUGCUGAAGCACAUUAUUUAAGCUACUUAAAUAGUCUAAGAGUUCAAGAUGUCUUCAGUUCAACACACAGCCUCCUUCAUUAUUUUGACCGUUUGAUUCUCACUGGAGCAGAAAGCAAAAGUAAUGGCGAUGAAGGCUAUGGCCGAAGUUUGAGAUAUGCUGCACUUAAUCUAGCUGCACUGCAUUGUCGGUUUGGCCACUAUCAACAGGCUGAGCUUGCUCUUCAGGAAGCCAUCAGAAUUGCACAGGAGUCCAAUGAUCAUGUUUGCUUGCAGCAUUGUUUGAGUUGGCUAUACAUCUUGGAGCAGCAGAGUUCAGAUAGCUGUGUUCUGUUAGAACACUCUGUGAAAAAAGCUGUUCACUUUGGAUUGCCUUACCUAGCUUCCCUGGGAAUACAAUCCUUGGUCCAGCAAAGAGCUUUUGCAGGGAAGACUGCCAACAAGCUAAUGGAUGCCUUAAAGGACUCUGAUCUGUUGCAUUGGAAACACAGCCUGUCAGAGCUUAUUGACAUUAGUAUAGCACAGAAAACUGCCAUUUGGAGAUUAUAUGGUCGCAGCACCAUGGCUCUUCAACAAGCGCAGACGCUGCUGAGCAUGAACAGUUUGGAAUCUGUAAAUGUGGGUGUCCAGCAGAAUAAUACGGAAUCCUUUGCUGUAGUGUUGUGUCACCUGGCUGAGCUACAUGCAGAGCAGGGCUACUUUGCAGCUGCUUCUGAAAUAUUGAAACACUUGAAGGAAAGAUUUCCUCCCAAUAGUCAGCAUUCACAGCUGUGGAUGCUGUUUGAUCAGAAAAUACAGUUUGAUAGAGCCAUGAAUGAUGGCAGAUACCACAUUGCUGAUUCUCUUGUGGCAGGAAUUACAGCACUUAAUAGCAUCGAAGGAGUGUACAGAAAGGCCAUUGUAUUGAAAGCCCAAAACCAGAUGUCAGAGGCACACAAACUCUUACAGAAACUGUUGACACACUGCCAGAAGAUAAAGAAUACUGAGAUGGUGAUCAGUGGCUUUUUUUUUUCUCUCCUCCCUCCCACAACCCUGGCCCUCAUCAGCGUACUUCUGUCAACAGCAGAACUCUAUUGGAGAUCUUCAUGUCAUACAAUUGCACUCCCUGUCCUGCUCCAGGCUCUUGCUCUUUCUCGAGAAUACAGUCUACAGUAUUUGGCCUCUGAAACUGUCCUGAAUUUGGCUUUCUCUCAGCUGAUUCUUGGUAUUCCUGAACAAGCUCUGAAUAUUCUGCAUAUGGCGAUAGAGCCAAUUUUGGCUCAUGGGGCAGUACUGGACAAAGGCUGUGCCAUGUUCUUGGUGGCCAAAUGUCAGGUUGCUUCUGCAACUUCCUAUACUCCCCAGAAGAAGGCAGAAGCUCUGGAAUCGGCUAUCCUGAAUCUAAAUGAAGCCAAGGUUUAUUUUGUGAAAGUGGACUGCAGAGAACAACUCAGAGAUGUUCUUUAUUUUCAGGCCAGACUCUUUCACACCUUGGGCAGGAUGCAAGAAAGAAACAAAUGUGCUAUGCUCUUCCGUCAACUGCACCAGGAGCUGCCUGCUCAUGGGGUCCCAUUAAUAAAUGCUUUUAAGUGAGGUAUUUAAAGCUGAGUUUUGUUUCGUUGUUCCUGACUGUUUUUUCCUCCCUUUUUCAAGCAUUUUUAUUAUGUUCAGUCAUUGCGGUUUUGGAAAUAACUGCCAAUAAACUGUUCUUCUGCUUAACAAACUUGUGUUCUGCUUAUAA